AUGUACUCCUCCAAAGUGAUCUCAUUGCAAUUGAAGGAAGUGGAGAGGAAAAAAAGUUCAUCUUUUAGUACAGGACUUGUGGGUGAGGACUUGUAUCACUGGAAAGCUAUCCUAUUGGGGCCUAAAGGUUCACCCUAUGAGAAUGAGGUUUUCAAACUAGACAUUCACUUUCCGCUUGAGUACCCCUUCGUGCCACUGAGGGUGACAUUCAAAACAAAAGUGUAUCACCCAAACGUGAAUACUUACGGGAACAUUUUUCUUAAGAUGUUAAACCCAACUCACUUCAAGACCAACAACAGCAUCAAUGAUUUGUUUAGGAUUUGA